GAUAAAGUCUCAGUGUAGCCAACCAUUUUUAGGAUUUGCUGUGUGAGCAUGCCAAGUGAAGAUCUCCAAGCUCCACUUUCUGCUCCAUCAGCUUGUGUUUAAAUAUUAUAGUUGUACCAUUUACCUGGAAUUCUCACCAGAUGUUGGUAACAACCCAGUAAGUCCACACAUUCAAUUAAAUAAAACUAACUAUAAAUGUUGUGUAGUAAAACAAAAUGGCACAUGGAACACAAAGACAGGAAGCCAUUCAGAAUAAUAAAUUAACAGCCACUUUGUUCUGCUUGGCACUUCUCUCUGCACAGUGAAGGAUGGUUGUUUAAUCUCCAGGCAACUUCUGACAAACUUUACAGUAUCUAAUUGGUGCAUUACAUAUGUCACUGAUGAAUGUUAGCAACUGAGUGAAAUUUGAAACUUCAACGGAGUCCAGACCUCCAGGAAGCAAUUGUUUCUCAGUAGCUGAGAACCUGGGCCCUCUGGACGAAGCAAAGUGUAGUACAAGGGGCUUGGUUUCAGUCAAGAUAGCAAAAAUUUAGAACUGAAAAUCUCCUUUUGCUUUCUUGUAACGAUGGGUGCUUUCAGCGAAGUACAGUUUAUGCUUAUAAAACCCAUUGGGCUUGAAUCACCAUGUAAUUGCAAUGAAUCUUUUCUAAGCUGUUUAUGGUUCUAACUCUUACAAAGCAAACACUGAAAUUUUUGAGCCCAUGUGAAUGAGUGCAGGGGAGGGCUUUGGUCGAUCCUUCUCUAUACCCACUUAUUCCUUCCAAGGGUUUAUGGGGGUGAAGCCAUUCUUCAGUGGUCUAUGAAUUCAUUUAGCUCCCAUCAUAGGACCAACACAUUGGACAAACAAGACAACCAAAGAUUCACAUGCCCUCACACUUCAGGGCAAUUUAUACAGUCAGCCUAUCCCCAUCCUGUGUUUCUGGGCUGGGGGAGGAUUCAGACAAAACCUACACACACCAACAGGGAGAACAAGCAAACUCAACAAAGAAAGGUCCAAUCUGGACUGAUGCAUAAACAUUUCACUCUGAAAAUGGAGACAAAGCGACUGAAGAGAGACGUUCAAUUACUCAUAAGUAAUUAUGUUGGUCAGAAGAUCCUGGAGAACUCAUUUGAUCCGAGUGGGAGGGGACGCACAACGGUGCUUGAUGACUUGGUUCAGUAUGAUCUUGAUGCCUUGUGGUUGAGCAGAGACAGUCGACAUGUGCUUGAUGCAGACAUAAUUGGAGCCAUUUGCAGCUUAGGAAGUCCUCAGCAUCCGAAUCGCUUACAGCGAGAAGCAAUGAUCCUCUCAUGUUUCGCUGGAAUUAUUAUGAGCAGACUGCCAGUGGAGAAAAUCCUGGCUCUGUACAGAUGUAAGCCAGUUGUUUCUUUACCCAGCCAUCAGUCUAAGGGGUCAAUUGUAUGCCCCCUCACUCUGUCCUACCAUCCAUUUGCCAUGCUCAGAUCUUACAAGGCUGUACAACAUGCCAAGAGACACAAUCAGAAGCUGAAAAGAUGGCUGUCUGAGCAGGCAAAAGCGAGAGCCCCAAAGAGACCCGUUCCUCCACCAUCCUCAUCUCCGUCUUUGCCUGAGUCCUUUCUCAGCGAAAGCAGUGGUUGUCAUCAGGAAGCAGCUGAGCACUAUGAGGGUUCACAAGAGUCUUUGCAGGACUGAAGCUGCCAUCCAGCUGUGUGACUUUGGUUGAAUGUUCCUCACAAUGGUUUUCUGUAAUUCUGGCCCAUUCCUCCCAACAGAACUGAACUGAUGUAACUGAGUGAGACGUGUUCACUGAGUGAGACCACUUCACUUACACACACAUGUUCAGCUUUGCUCACAUUUUUUUCUAUGGGACUAUGUUUAAGGUUUUAUGGUCACUAAGAAACAUUUACUUUCUUGUCCUUAAGCCAGAAUGUAACUAAUGCAGAUAAAUAUUUGGCGUCAUCAGUUUCCAUCCAAGUUUUAACAUCUUGGCUAAUGUCUUUAGAUCUUGUUUUCUCCAUACCGUUGUUUUCUCAUGACCCCGUCUACUAUAUGAAGAGCACCAGUCCCUCCACAACAUCAUGCUGCCACUUCAUACUUUCCAUUUCAGUUGUUCUUGCAAAUUUCCCCCAAUUAUUUCAUCACAUGUAAAAAGUGUUUACGGUCAAACACUUUAAUUUUAGAUUUGUUCAAUGAGAGGACAAACCCUAAAAGAAUUAGGAUCUUUGACGUGCAUUUAGCUUUGAUAUUUUAGUCUAUAAGAAGCAUACGAAGCCAUGACGUCAACAUUUUGUCUUUCCCCAAUUGCUUAAAGUAGCUGUUUAGUCAGAUUCAGUGUUAAUCAAUAAGAAAAAUGUCUGUACUUGUAAAAUAUAUUGGAGCCAAACUUACAUCUACCCUGUGUGGUCCAAUGGAAGGUUAACAUAACAUGUUUAAACUUAUUCUAUGUAGAGCAAUGAACAAGCAGAGUUGUAUAAAUCUGAUAUCAUGUCACCAAAGUCACAUUUUCUGUUGGACUCCACCAGCUGCACAGUUAUUGUUGACCUCUGGCAUGUUCCCCAACAAAGAUUAAACUCCUCUGUGUUGAAUGGGUGGAUAAAAUGUGUUCCUGAUGUUGAUAUCAAUAAAGAGGGCAGAGAUGGUCAGUAA